CGGGGGAGCCUGGUGGGCUGCCGUCUAUGGGGUCCCGCGGAGUCGGACACGACUGAAGCGACUUAGCAGCAGCAAUGCUGUGCAAAAAAGUCAUUAUGUUAAUAGAGUUCUGAUGCAACAUCUGCAGAAAUCUCUCUAGUUUUCCCCCAAAUAGUAUAUUGAUUUGUUUCUGAUUUAGUUCCUAAUUGUAUGUAACUCUGCUUGGCAUAAGGAUGGAAACAGCCCCGGGAUGUACAUUAUUGUAUAUCUUCUUUUGAAUCCACAUGGUGACUAUCCUAAUCUGGUAUUGAGAUUCUCCAAAAUUUGGUUCCAGUUUACUUUCAUUGUUUUUAGUUAGUGAACAGAUAGUUACCAUAUACUUAAUAUGUGGCAAGACUUUAUGUUAAUCAUGUGGAGAUACAUUGGGAAAUAACCAGUGGAGAGUUUUGAGCAGAGGAGUGAUACAAUCUGAUUUAGGUAUUUAACAGGCUCAUUCUGCCUGCUGUGUUAGAGCAGCUUGUUGGAGAUAGGGGUAGGGCAAAGCCAGGAGACUAAUUAGGAAGGUGUUGUAAUAAUUCACAUAAGAAGAUCGUGUCUUCACAGCUGAAAGAAGUCACUGUUGAUCAUAAUGGCAGGUGAAGGAAUUAAUGAAGACUAUCCAGUAGAAAUUCAUGAAUAUUUAUCAACAUUUGAGAAUUCCAUUGGUGCUGUGGAUGAAAUGCUGAAGACCAUGAUGUCUGUUUCUAGAAAUGAGUUGUUGCAGAAGUUGGACCCACUUGAACAGGCAAAAGUGGAUUUAGUUUCUGCUUACACAUUGAAUUCAAUGUUUUGGGUUUAUUUGGCAACUCAGGGAGUCAAUCCCAAGGAACAUCCAGUAAAGCAGGAACUGGAGAGAAUCAGAGUAUACAUGAACAGAGUCAAGGAAAUAACAGACAAGAAAAAGGCUGGCAAGCUGGACAGGGGUGCGGCUUCAAGAUUUGUAAAAAAUGCCCUCUGGGAACCAAAACCUAAAAAUGCAUCCAAAGUUGCCAAUAAAGGAAAAAGUAAAAAUUAACCUUUCAGUUUCAAUGUACACAUAUUUAAAAAGUACAUAAUUUUGAUUGUUUUCCACAAAAUGGAUGAUGAUUAUGUGGCACUGUAAGGUUUAAAUGUAUUCCUUACUGGAAUCAUGUACAAAACUUGCAUUUGAAAUUUGUAAUGCUAAGAACUGUUUCCUCCAGAAAGAUUGUUAUCUUUAUUGGUUUUCCUAUAGAACACUAUGAGGUUUUUAACAUUGUAGUAUGUGUGUGUGUGUGUAUUUUGUAUGGGAGUAUAGCUGAUUAAUAAUGUGACAGUUUCAGGUGAACAGCGAAAGGACUCAGCCCUACAUGUACAUGUAUCAGUUCUCCCCAAACUCCUCUCCCAUCCAGGCUGCCACAUAACACUGAACGGAGUUCCAUUUGCUACACAGUUGGUUAUGCAUUUUACAUUUAUGCAUACAUUUACAGCAGUGUGUACAUGUAAUCCCAAGCAAAAUUGUAGUGUAUUUUAUAUUUAUACUUUACUGUCUCUUGACCAGACUCUGAUUUGUUUAGGUCAGUCUUUCAAGUGCCAUUUUAUAAGCAACUAUGAAGUUUAAGUUAAAUGUUCCUUGUAAACAUUUGUCUAUUUCGAUGAAUAAUGAUUUUAUGAAGUAUGCCGAAGUUAUAAAUACAUCUGUUCUCACUAUAUAAUAUUAAGAAAGAGUGAAAUGUCUUAAAUGUCCAUUUUUUUCUGUGUAGUUAUUUCAUUAUGCUGUCAUGAUUUUGGGAAUUACUGCUUUUUGUGAUAUUUGAAGUAUGAAAUUAAGACUUUAAGGUUAUUCUUUAAUUCUUGGCACUUUGCCACGAUGUCCCAUUUAAAGUAAAAUACAUUCUCAUUAACUUUAGAUAGGAAAUGAGGUUGUAUAUUGAUGGCUGAAUUUUGGCAUAAUAGCUAUACCCUAUCAAAGCUGUUAAUGCAUGGCUGACCUGUUUUUUAUUUUUCUCUUUUGUGUAAAUUUUUCCUUGAAAUUAGGAAGGUGGGUUUUAGAAGUCCUUAGAAAUGGAGGAAUUCAUGAGUUUUUGUUCCUUGUGCAUAGUGCCCUUAGUUCUCUUGGCCUCAAUUUUUUCAGAUGUUUUAAUAUUUAUGAGGCUGUAACAAGUAUGUACAAGUAUUUGCAACUUUGUAUGUUACAUAGUGUCACUUAAUCAGAGGAGGAAUCUGAAGGAGAGUACAUUGUAUUUAUAUUGUUUUAUUUUUCUGUAAUGUUUAUUACUGAGAGUUCUAAAUAUUAAAACUUUUUAAAUAUCUAAGCCCAUGAAUUUUAAUUAUAUACCCUUAAUGCUUUCAGUCUUUGAAUUCACAUCAUUAUGUAUAGGAAUGCCAAAUAUAGCAAAGUACUUGUACUUUAAUUUUUGAAAAAGAAGUUGUUAAAAUUUUCUCUGUGAUUAAUUCUCCGUAAGUAACCUUGAAUAAAUGGAUUUCUUGAUUUAUGAUAGCAGAUAUUGGAAAUGGUCUUAAAAUAUAAUGGAUUUUGUAAAGCAUGUUGAACUCUUUCUGUGACACAUGAAGAGGAAAUCACUGAUAGAUGCAGAAAGUCUUCUGGCUCAGAUGUCAGGCAAUUUUUGAAGUAGAAGCACAUUUAUAGUUAUUUCACCCCUUGUUUUACCUUUAUCUCUUCUAAAUUCCAGGUUUUUUUUUUAAGUAACUUCAUGAGAGAAAUAAAUGUUAUUAAGAUCAA